UUGUGUCCGUCAGCGCUCAUUAUCAUGGCAUGUCCUCGUAGACCUUUGGCACGCGGCCACAAAGAAAUACCUGCAGUUCAUCAAAGGUCCAGAGAAGUGCCUAGGAGAUGAUCUACCUCUGGAGACUAAUUAACGGCAAGGAGCUCGACAUCAGCCCUUCAAAUGAGCAAGAGAAUUAUUGGUUGUGUUUGAGGAUGGCCCUCAGUGACGUCCGUCGGUGUGGACAUCGCAGAACAAUAUAAAAGACACGUGUCAUUUUACCCGGAGCAUCAGAAGAUCAGAUGACUUCACCUCACACUGGCCAGAAGAUGACGUGGCUCCCCACCAAUUUCCAGAAGGCUACUGGGAUGGACACGUCGAACAGGAAGGUCCUGGUGCUGGUGUUGAUGCUGCUGCUGUCUCAGCUGGCAUGUGACGCUCACAGCAUGUCUGAGUGCUGCAGACAACCAGCCCGCUCCUGUCGCCUCUACGUGUUGCUGUGCCGCUCCGGCAGCAGGACCUUGGGGGGACAGCUGACUGGAGACGCCUCCGCCGGCAUCCUCACUCUGGGUAAACGCAGGGACGAUGAGGGCCGCCUGCAGAGCCGACUGCACCAGCUCCUCCAUGGCUCCAACCAGGCAGCAGGGAUCCUCACCAUGGGGAAGAGGACUGAAGAGAGGGCGGCGCAGCAGUACUUGGACUGGAUGUCUCAGUCAGGAACAACCAUCACAACGCCUGUUCUGAGCUAAAUGCUUCAUUGUGAGGGAGUAUGGGACUUAUUUAGUGAAUUUAUAAAUUAUACAAUGCUUUCAUGCAGGAAAAACUUUGUGAUUUUCUUUGAAUAGUGCCUUUUUGAAUGUGGUGCAGAAAAUAUUGUAUUAUUAAUAUUGUGAAAUAUUGUACAUAUAUGGAGACGACAUUGUGGCGUAAUAAAAAAAAUGUGAUGCUGUCAACAUAUCUUUGCUUUUCCUUGGAUUAGAGCUAA